AUGAUGGACAUAGAUGAAGAAUGUGGUAAUCCUACAGACUUGUUAAUAGAUAACACUAGAUGGGAGAUAUUGGUGGAUGCAUCAUCAAAUGGAGAGGGUAAUGGAAUUGGAAUACUUUUCAUCUCACCAGAAGGAACAAGAUUAGCAUAUUCAUUUAGAUUGGAAUUCACAUCCACCAAUAAUGAAACUGAGUAUGAAGCGGUUGUGCACGUGUUACGCUUGGCCAUUGAAAUGAAAAUAAAAGAUGCGCGAAUAACUAGUGACUCACAAUUGGUUAUUCGCCAAAUAGAAGGGGUAUAUAGCACAAAUGAGCCGUCCUUGCAAAAAUACAAGAAUCUUGUAGGAGAGUUAUCAGCACAAAUUCCGAAAAUAAAUUGGAGAGACAUUUCGCCGAAAGAUAAUCGAAUAGCAAAUGCACUUGAUUUUAUUCCGUCUAUGAUGGUGGACCCGACUGUGAGGGACAUAAAGAUACAAACACUUUUUUUACCCUCAAUUAAUAAAGAAGAAUGCGAAGAUGUAAAUGUAAUGCUAGUAGACAAUGAAGAAGAAGAGCAGGUGAACAAACACUCAGAUUGGAUAACCCAAAUUCAUUUGUAUUUAGAAAAAGGAGAAGUCCUAAGAAACGGGUUGGAAGCGCACAAGUUAAAGAGUAGAGCAACAAAUUAUGAGUUGAGAGAUGGUAUACUUUACCGAAGAUCAUUCCCUGGACCAUCACUUAGAUGUUUAACAAGAACAGAAGGAAUGGAAAUCUUGAAAGGAUUACACUACGGAGAUGCAGGAAAUCAUAGUGGGGGAAAGUCUCUAGUGUAUAGAAAGAAAGUACAAGGCUAUUAUUGGCGAUACAUGCAUGAAGACGCGAAACAAGUGUCAAGGAGGAACAGGGAAAAAAUAUAUUUAAUAGUAGCAACAGACUACUUUACAAAGUGGGCAGAAGUAAAAGCGGUGCAGCACAUUCGAGAUAAAGAUGGUUUCACAUUCAUAUUUGAGAAUAUCAUUUGUAGAUUCGGAAUCCCAGCACAACUAGUUUCUGAUAAUGGAAAACAAUUUGAAGGAGAAAAUAUAGAAAUGUUACUCAAUGCAUUCAAAAUCAAAAGUGGGAAAUCCACUCCAUUGUAUCCACAAAGCAAUGGUCAAGCUGAGGCAACCAAUAAGACAAUUGCAGAUACGUUGAAAAAGAAAUUGGAGGGACAUAAUAAAAGAUGGUGCAAACAAGUACAUAAUGCAGCAUGGGUAUAA